AUGGUUGAAGAAGCAUCUAGUUUGGUCGGGAUCCUUGAGACCACCGUGGAGCUAAAGUCUUCACCGGAGAAGUUCCAUGACAUACUUAACGGGAGGCCACACCAUGUCCCUAAUGCAUCUCCAUCAAACAUUCAGGGCGCUGAGCUGCAGGAAGGCGAAAUGGGCCAAGUUGAUGGGGAGGCAAAGGUGUUAAAACAGAGGAUCGAGUCAAUAGAUCCUGAAAACAAUCGGGCCACAUACAGGAUAUUAGAAGGUGAUGUAAUGAACAAGUACAAAAGUUUCGUGGUCACCUUCCAGGUGACCCCUAAGGAAGGAGAACCUGGAAGUAUUGCACAUUGGCACUUUGAGUAUGAGAAAAUCAACGAGGAGGUGGCUCACCCCGAGACUCUACUUCAAUUCGCAGUCGAAGUCUCCAAAGAGAUCGAUGCACAUCUCUUGUCAGAGGAUUAG